ACAAGCACUUAGAAAAAAAAAGAAAUACGGGAGGGUACAACGUUAACGGAUUUAGAAGAACGGUGCUCCAAAUUAUCUGGGUUGCCAACUGUAGCUACGGGUAUGGAAACCAUAACUGAACUUGGUAUGCUCCCUGUCGAAGAUAAUAUAACUAUAGGGACCGUACUGGAACUACAAGAUGUUGAAAUUGAGCAUCAACAGGAGGAAGAUCUGGAGCAGGAAAUGGAACAAGCUGGUCCUUCAACGAUUGUGGAACCAAAAGGCACAACAGUGAAGAAAAACAGACCAAGAAAGACACCUAAUGAAUUGUUGGAAAACCAUACACUUGCCACUGUUGAUGGACUUCAAAAUAUAUCUCUUGGCUUGCAGUCUCUCGCAUCUGCAAUAAAUAAUUUAGCAGAAGCCAUUCGUGAAGGGAGCCAUGACAAUCAAAAGUGAUU